CAGUGAUGCUCUAAAGUUACUAGGUGAACUACUGAACUAAAUAUGAUGUUUUAAAAAACAAAAGUUUAUAAUAAUUAAAUAUAAAACUAUGAAUGUGGUUAGGUUUUUCGAUAUGUUUUUGAGUUUCGUGACAUAGAAAUUAAUGAUCAUAAAUUUUUAUAUUUCUCUUUACUGUUCGUGGAUGAAAAUAUAAAGAUGUAUAAUGGGUAUUCAAGUCCGAAACUUUCGUGGUUCGCCGAAGAAGAAAUGGGGCGUAAGUUGCAGGGUUCAAAUGAUACUUACGACAUUGACGGUCUGAUCUCACCUAUUUAUGCGAUGACCACGGCCGGUGCGGGGAAGAACAGUAACGGUUGGAUGGGCUACAAAGCAGUGCCCAUCGAUGAACCUAAAUCACGGACCCCAUUGUUCCUGAUUGAUAAUGGCCUCAGCGCUAAAACGCUAGACGCCAUGUUACACAUAUUCAUUAUAUGUUUAGUACUUUUCAUUAUUAUCAACUGUAUGUGUAAAUUUGUGUGGUUAUUUUUAAAAUGAUAUUGUUUUAUUUAUUGUUGUAUGUAUACUGUAUAUAGAUAGUCUUAAGUACUUAACUAAGAUAUUUCUAAUUUAACUUCUAUUUUGUAUUUCAUGUAAUAUUAUCCAUAAACCAUAUUUUGUUCGUAAAUUAUAAAUAUAAUUUAUUGACAAUUA